CCGACGGACUGCGCUGCUUACAUGCCCGUCAAGUCGUCCUCUGUGAGUUUUGCUGAUAUUUAAUACCUUUAUCCUGUUUAUAUUUUUUGUCGGUAGCUGUUUGUGAAACCAUUUACUGGAGGUUAGACAAUGACAUCGAGAGGGACGCCGAGUCGCUUCCUGAAAAGCGUUCUUCAAAACGGAGUGGGUCGGUACGUCUGCCAGCUCAAACGAGUCUCCAUCAUCUUCUCCAAAAAAGCGCAGAGCUCGUUGGGAGUCAGGGACUUUGUUGAGGAGGGAGUUGUGGACUAUGCCAAGAAGAACCCUGGAACUGUUGUGUACGUGUCUCCACAGCCCUGCAAAAAACCCAGACUAAUUGCAGAAUACUUAAAUGGCACCGUGAGGGAAGAAAUCAUUGCAAGCAAAACAUCGCCGCAGAUUUUAGAGCUUUUGACCAAGAUGACCAAUCAGUCAGGUCUGGACAUCAUCCGCAUCCGCAAGCCCUUCCACACAGACAAUCCCAGCAUCCAGGGCCAGUGGCACCCUUUCACCAACCGGCCCCUGUCUAUCGGCAUCAUCAAGCCGCAGAAACAGGCUGACGCAUAAGGACUAUACAGUCUUAACCGUAUGGAUUGUGUUGUCUUGUAACAUUUGAUUUCCAUUUGGUCUUCUUUUCCUCCAAAAUGUCUGCAAUCUAAAUUAAAUCACAGGUCAAGCCCCUCCUGUGAAGGGUAACGAAUGGAUAAUUCUGCUGCCUGAAUAUUUCUGACCAAGCCCUUCUGUCUGCUGGCAGCAAAGCUACUUGGAGGAAAAUGCUGCACGGUAGCAACUCUAAAUGGCACGUUAGAAUUGACUUAAAACGAAUCCAUCAGCGGCUCGUCAGCCGGCAUACUCAAGGUUAUUUGAAGUUUAGUGUAAUACACGUCGCACAGAUGGAACUUUUCAUGAAUUAAAAAAAAAAAAAAAGAUUUUUUUUUGGUUCACAUGCUGUUGUCUGUGUUUAAAUUUAGAUUUUCUUUUUGAGUUGUGUUGAGCAGCUUGUCAGAAGAUGAAGAGGGAAUAAAACAAUUGUCUGAAACAUUCAA